UGCAGAGAUGAUUUUAGAGACUAUGCUGAACUUUGCUUCAAGGAAUUUGGUGAUAGAGUGAAACAUUGGAUUACUAUAAAUGAACCAUGGAGUGUGAGCAUGAAUGCUUAUGCAUUCGGAAAGUUCGCACCGGGUCGAUGUUCAGAUUGGUUAAAUCUGAAUUGCACAGGAGGUGAUUCAGGGACGGAACCAUAUUUGACUGCACACAACCAGCUUCUUGCUCAUUCUGCUGCUGCAAAUUUGUACCGGAUCAAAUAUAAGUCAUCUCAACGAGGCAUAAUAGGGAUUACCUUAGUCUCACACUGGUAUGAGCCGGCCACUACAGCGAAGGCCGAUGUUGAUGCUUCAAAACGAGGUCUCGACUUCAUGUUUGGAUGGUAUAUGAAUCCGCUUACAAGAGGCGAAUAUCCAAAAAGCAUGCGAACUUUGGUGGGAAAGAGAUUACCAAAGUUCUCAAAAGAAGAGUCAAGGGAACUUAAGGGGUCUUUUGAUUUUCUAGGCCUAAACUAUUACUCAUCCUACUAUGCUGCUCAUGCACCUCGCCAUCCCAAUGUCGUGCAACCGACCAUACAAACUGAUUCUCUUAUUAAUGCUACAUUUGAACAUAAUGGCAAGCCUCUCGGUCCAAUGUCUGCUUCGAGUUGGUUAUGUAUUUAUCCAAAAGGACUUCAUAAUCUUUUGCUUUACACCAAGAAAACGUACGAGGACCCUGUAAUUUACAUUACUGAAAAUGGUCGUGAUGAGUUCAACGAUCCAACAUUAUCUCUUGAAGAAUCUCUCUUAGAUACUUAUAGGAUUGAUUACUACUAUCGUCAUCUUUACUAUCUUGAAACUGCAAUUAGGCAUGGUGUGAAUGUAAAAGGAUAUUUUGCAUGGUCAUUGUUGGAUAACUUUGAAUGGGAUUCUGGCUUUAGCUUGAGAUUUGGACUCGUCUUCGUUGAUUUUAAAGACGGUCAGAAAAGACACCCAAAGCUUUCUGCUGAAUGGUUCAAGAAUUUUCUCGUUAAAUCUUAGGCAUAUAUAUUACAUGUGGUUUCAAGAAAAUGAUUUUGUUUUGAUGAACUUGGGAUUUUCCGACCCAUUUAAUGGGAUGUGUUUUUUUUUGUUGUUGUUAAAGUCAGGAUUACAGAAAAGUGAAAUGAAACUCACUCACAUGUAGUCCUUAGUGAAAUAAAAAGAAUUGUCAAUGAAUGAAUUCAAAGUUUAUAAAA